UUUAGCCCGAUAACCUCACAGGUGAUCUGAAGCAAUACUUGCGAGUGUCCAAGAGCAAAGAUGAGAAAGUCAAAGUCCAGCCGCUCAGCACCAAGCAGAAGGUAUCGGUGUGUCUGCAGGUGGCUCGAGGGAUGGAGCACCUGUCAAACCAGCGCUUCGUCCACAAAGACCUGGCUGCACGAAACUGCCUGAUCUCCUCCAAACGACAGAUCAAAGUGUCUGCUCUGGGCCUUAGCAAAGACGUCUACAACAGCGAGUACUACCAUUAUCGCCAGUCCUGGAUUCCUCUGCGUUGGCUCCCAUCUGAAGCCGUCUUUGAGGACGAUUUCUCCACCAAGACGGACGUGUGGUCAUUUGGGGUGCUCAUGUGGGAGGUCUUCAGCUUUGGGGAGCUGCCUUACGCCGAGCUCACGGAUGACAAAGUUCUAGAAGCUCUGCAGGAAGGGAAGCUGAAGUUGUCUCCUCCUCAGGGGUGUCCGUCUCGGGUCUUCAAGCUGAUGGUGCGCUGCUGGGCCGCCAGCCCCAAAGACAGACUGUCUUUCAGCAACAUCUCCGCCGCACUCAGCGAUCUGCCCUCUGAAAGUAAAGUGUGAGAGAACUGGAUCGUCCUGCAAGCCAUGGCUCAAAACCCUAAAUGUUCAGAUUCAAGUGUCUUGCCUCAAGAACAAAAGGACUUGGAAUUUGUUAUAUUUUCCACCAUUUCUUCCUUAUAUGUAUAUGUAUGUGUGUGUGUGUUUUAAAAUGUUUUAGAAGGUUCCUCAAACAUUUGGUUCUUAAUGGUGUUUGUACAAAAGCUGCCCUAUCACUUCUCAGUUUGAGUUUGCCCACUCAAAACGAUGAAAUGUAGUAAAAUAUAGUGCGUUUGUAAUAGCAAACCAUGCACUGACCAAUUUUAUAUUUUAGAAGGAUUGUCUCGGGAGCCUCUUAAUUUAUUUAAAAGGUCCUGUUUGUUCAAUGUACAGAGAGGUACUGUUUAUAUGACUUUUUUAUGUUUAUGACCUUUUUAUAUAAUUCAGAAGUACUCAUAGAAACAGACUGUUGAGAAAACUGUUUAUAAGACGAAUACAUUUCAAAUUUCAAGUGCCUGUAAAAUGAAGGAUGUCUUGAUUUUAGUACGCUGUAUGUUACGACUUGGAAAGCCUUGAAUGUUUUUUUUUUUUUAUAUAUAUAUACAUUUAUAGUGUUUUAUUGGUUGGUUAGUAAAGAGUUCAGUGUUUUAUCUUGUAAUUGCUACCCACACGUUACAUAUCGGUUUCUAUAAAAAU